AUGAAAUUCAUGUAUACAGUGAUACUAGUUAUUUAUAUGCUUUAUUUUAAUACAGUUACAUGUUUAUUGCCUCCUAAAUUUCAAUGGAAAGUUAUAGAUUUUGCAUGGGAAGCUUCUGCCCGUGAAGCAGCAUUAAGCACAGGCGCAUACGUGCCUGAAAAUAAUCUACCUUCCGGUAUAGCAAGGUGGAAAGAUAAACUAUUUAUUACUAUUCCACGGUGGAAAACAGGCGUUCCAGCGUCCUUGAACUAUAUUUUCGUAAACGGGAACCAAUCACAACCGCUAAACCCAUACCCCAGUUGGGAGGACGCGUUCGUCUCGAACAAGGCCUGCUGCGUCAGCUCCAACAGUACCGUCGUGUCUGCGUUCAGGGUGCACGUGGACACUUGUGAUAGGUUGUGGGUAGUUGACAAUGGAGUUGCUGAUAUGUUCAGUAACGUGAAACAGGUCACGCCUCCAGCAAUCGUAAUAUUUGAUUUGAACUCUAAUACUUUAAUUCACCGAUACGAACUGCCAGAUGAUGUGAUCAGAGAUUCGUCAGUUUUAACCGGCGUAGUGGUAGAAACAAUAGGAAAAGGCUGUGCCGACUCAUACGCCUACAUACCCGACAUGGGGUCGAAUUCGUUAAUAGUAUAUAGCUUGAAGCACAACGAUGCUUGGAGAGUGGAGAACCAUUACUUCCAUUUCGAUCCACACUCGAGCGUCUUCAGAGUCGGCAGGGUUGAGUUUUACUGGAGCGACGGGGUUUCUUCAGCUGUUUUGGCCCCGGGGAAGAAAUCUUCUGGUCAUCGAGACUUGUACUUCCACCCGACGUCGAGCACAAAACAGUUUCGCAUGUCGACUAAACUGUUGCGCGAUAGAUAUGUACCGAAGGAGAUUUUGUUCAAUGCAGCCGAAAUUUUGGGCGAAAGAGGUCCAUUAUCUCAAGCGACGGCAGCUGACCUCGAUCCUCAUAACAAUGUUAUGUUUUAUGCCCAGUUAAACAAAAAUGGUGUAAGCUGCUGGAAUAUGGAGAGACCUCUUACUGUAGAAAAUGUUCCGCUCAUUCUCAGUGAUUGUACGGUAUUGGAAUUUCCUAACGAUUUAAAGGUAGAUCAAGAAAGUAAUCUGUGGGUAUUGAGCAAUAGACAAUCAAGAUUUCUCUACGAAUCCAUAGAUAGCAGAGAGGUUAAUUUUCGAAUUCUGACAGCGCCGACAAUAAAGCUAAUACAGGGGACACCUUGUGAAAAAAUGUCGACCAUCGACAAAGCUUUGAGUUUGAUUAGGCCAAAGUCAAAAACGAAAUAA